UGUAACUUCUUUAUGUGAUGAUAUGCAAAAACUUAAUGUAAAUGAAGCAACAGGAAAGGAAAGAUUGGGAUGUUAUUUCUGCAGUGAUGUCGUUGCACCCACUGAUUCAACCUCAAACCGCACUCUGGACCAGCAGUGCACAGUGACUCGGCCAGGGCUUGCUCCUAUUGCUUCAUCCCUUGCAGUUGAGCUUUUAGUGGGGAUUUUGCAUCACCCUCAAGGGAUAUAUGCAGAGGGUGAAAUUAACUCCGGUGUCAUUGGAAGUACAGAGCAACCUCUUGGUAUUUUACCACAUCAAAUUCGGGGUUCCCUUUCUCAAUUUUCUCAAAUGACUCUUGUAGGUCACUCGUCCUCCAGCUGUACAGCUUGUUGCCAAAUGGUUGUAUCUGAAUAUCGGAACAGAGGAAUGGAAUUCAUACUUGAGGCAAUUAAUCAUCCCACCUACCUAGAGGAUCUGACUGGACUAACAGAGUUGAUGAAAUCAGCUGCAUCCUUCUCAUUGGACUGGGACAAAGACAUGGAUGAUGAAGACGACGACUGUGUUGAAAUUUAACACUCACUAGGAUUUCUGUAUCACUUUGUUAAUAAACAUUGCCAAGUUGCUCAAAAAGCUAAUUUGAAUAACUUCUCCCCUUUCCAACACUUAACAGUUUGCUUUGGCUACUGUACCUUUUCAAUUGUACAAAACUAAUUUACAUGUAAAAGUUAAAUUAUUUACUAAUUCUUGCCAUUGAUGCAAUUAUGGCCCAUUUUGUUGCGGAAGAA